CAAACACGUGGUGCCCACGUGACUAUGCUCUAACCCGGAAGUACUGUGAGUGGCUUUGACGUGUGUGAACAGCGCUGACUCUCAGCGAUGCAUGUGUUGAAUUAGAUGGACGCGUCAGACGAGCGUGAUGACGCGGACCUGCGCGCUCAGAUGGAGGAGAUCGAGGCGCUGUCCUCCAUCUACGGGGACGAGUGGUGUGUGAUCGAUGAAGCGGCCAGAGUUUUCUGCAUCAGAGUGUCAGAUGACUCGCAGCGGCCCACACUUACGCUCUGUUUACAGAUCAUACUUCCUCCAGAUUACCCGAGCUCGGCACCUCCCGUGUAUCAGAUCAACGCUGGCUGGCUCAGAGGAGCAGACAGAAUGACUCUGGCCAACAGUUUAGAGGAGCUGUACGUGGAGAAUACAGGGGAGAGUAUUCUGUAUCUGUGGGUGGAGAAAAUAAGAGAAUUCCUAGUCGAAAAAUCACAAAGUGCAGAUGGACCAGAAAUGGGUAAGACGGUGACAACAGAGGAAGAAGGUCAUGACUACGACGAGGACGAUCUUCCAGACUACAGCAUGCUAAAACUCACCAACCAAUCAGCUCAGCUCCUCUCCAGUGCUUCUGAUGAUGAAGAGUUGCCACUGAUUAAACACGGGGAGACUAUCACGGAUAGACGGAGCACGUUCCAGCCUCAUUUAGCCGCGGUGGUGACUCCUAAACAGGUUCAAACGGUUCUGAAUCAUUUAUAUGAAAACAAGAAGAUCGCAAGUGCCACUCACAAUAUCUAUGCAUACAGGAUCUACUGUGAGGAUAAAAACUCUUUCCUGCAGGACUGCGAGGACGAUGGAGAAACCGCAGCGGGGGGCCGACUACUCCAUCUCCUGCAGAUCCUGGACGUGCGUAACGUGCUGGUGGUGGUCUCUCGGUGGUACGGUGGGAUCCUGCUGGGGCCCGACCGCUUCAAACACAUCAACAACUGCGCCAGGAACAUCCUCAUUCAGGAGGGUUACACCGACACUUCAGAGGAAGCAUCCAAAGCUGGAGGCAAGAAUAAAAGACCUAAGGGCAAGAAGGCAAAAUAAAAAACCUUCCUGGAACAAAGAAGACCUGGAAUAAAGACAGACUUGGGACUGUGCUUUGUAAAAUCAUUCAGUGUUGUGAUGAGGGUUAAACAACUUGGAAGUCAAACCAAAGAUGGUUUCGUAAGCAAUUGAGUUUAAUGGUCUGUUGCUACACAUUAUGUCACCCUAAGUGCUUUGUCUUAUGAAUAAAGAUUUUUAUGAAGUACAAA